AUGGCAGGCAUCUCGUACGAUGACUCCGGCUCGCUCGCGAGCUACUUUGGCGUCACAUGCCUCACCCUCUUUCUCAUACCCUGGACCUUCUUGUCCCUCAGACCGAAAAAGAAGCAUACUUCAAAACCACUUUGCCCCUGUCCCGAAUGCCGACAAUCACCCGCCCGCAUAGACAAGCUCAAGAAAUCAUCCCGGCGGUCAUCAGGCAUCAAACGCGUCUUUCUCUUGCUUGCUGCUUGGACUUUCCUCGGCUACCUCAUCUACAACCUGGCAAUUGCUCCCAAGGCUCAAGGCGGGACAGUGUACAACCCCUUUGAGAUUCUUGGUCUGAGUAGCGCGUCUACGGAAAAGCAGAUCAAGAAGCACUACAAGAAGCUUUCAUUGCAAUUCCACCCAGACAAACUCAAGCUUGCCGAGAACCAAACGCAAGAAGAGGCCGAGGAGAAAUACAUCGAAAUCACCAAAGCCUACAAGUCUCUGACUGACGAGGUCACCCGCGAGAACCUUGCCAAGUACGGCAACCCAGACGGGCCUCAGCAGCGAGAAGACAAGAUUGCCAUUCCCAAGUGGAUUGUCGAAGGCAACAAUGGAAUCCUCGUUCUUGCCGUGUAUGGCAUUGUGCUUGGUGGUGGAAUCCCCUGGAUUGUUGGCCGAUGGUGGUUCACCCAACGUCGUCUCACCCGGGACAAUAUCCUCAACGCCACUGCCGACAUCUUCUUCCAGCACCUCAAGGAAGACACCGACUUUACCAAUCUCAUUGCCAUCAUUGCUGCCUCUCUUGAAGUCGCUGCCGUCGUAGGCGGAAGCAAAGUCGACAAAAAGACGAAGAAGGCCAAGCAGAGCAAGGUGGAAGAGCUGGAAGAGACCAUCACCAAGGUCAAAGCGGAAAACUUUAUCCAGGAAGACCCAAUCAUGAGAAAGUCCAGCAGGGUCCCUGUGACCAGCGGGGCCGACCGUCGAGCUCGAGCUCUGAUUUGGGCGCAUCUCUUGCGAAUUGAGAUUACCGACUCCGAGAUGCGCGUAGACCAGCUCGCUGUGUUGCGUGUCCUUCCUCCUCUUUUGAACGCUCUCAACAAUAUCUCGCAGACCCGCAGCUGGCUUGGUGUCUCGCUUCGGUGCAUUGAGCUCCAGCCCGCGCUCGUCCAAGCGGUGCCGGCGGGUGUGUAUCCCUUGGCUCAGCUUCCCGGUAUUUCGUUCGAAAAGGCCUUUGAGGAGCAGGUCGUGAGAAAGGCCGAGGGCGAUUUGUGGCUUGAAAAGUGGGUCAGUUCGAGGGAGGGACAUGAUGAGGCGUUUGAGGUCGCAAAAUACUGGCCAAGAUUGGAAGUCGUCGAUGCCGAAUACAAAGUCGAGGACUCGAAAGUCAUCACUCCCAGCUCCAUCUGCAACUUGGUCGUCAAGCUCCGAUACGUCUAUCCCACCACUCCUCUUUCCGCCCGCGCCAAACCUAUCCAGAUGCUUCCUCCCUCUGAACGUCCCCAGGGCGCCAAGGUAGAUGACGACGUUGCUUCGAUCGAAGCUGCCGUCAAGGAAGCUAGCGAGAACGGUACGCCUAGUGUCAAGGAUGUCAAGGAAAAGGUGGCCAAACAGGCUGCCCCUGCCGUGAACGGCUUUGCCCAUACCCCCCGCUGGCCCCAGCUUCGCAAGCCCCAGUGGUUCUUGCUCCUGGGCGACUCCAAGAUCAACAAGGUCAUGGUGCCCCCUAUCAAGAUUACGGAUAUCCCUCUCCCCAAGGAGGAUGGGACGCCGGGCGAGACGAAAGAAUUCAAGCUGCAGUUCCAGGCGAUGCCGGUGGUUAAUUUGUACUCGUUUGUGGUGCAUUUGAGGAGCGAUACGUUUCUGGGUGGGGAUGUGCAGGUGCCUCUGAUGUUGAAGGUGGAGGAAGCGCCUUUAGAGUCGGACUCGGACUAUGAAGGAGACGACAUCUCCGAACCCGACGAGGAUACUCUCGCCGGGCAGAUGGCCAUGAUGAGAGGAGACAAGGUCAAGCCUUCCAAGGUGCAUGGCCAAUAUGACAGCGACAGUGAGAGUGACCUUGAUGAUGACCAAGGAGAUGAGAGUGAGAGUGAGAGUGAGGGAGAAGUGGAUGGGGAUCCCAGGAGAGGGAAAGCGUAUAAUGUGGAUACUAGCGAUAGCGAAUAA